GUUGAAAAUGCACAAAAGCAGGGGAAAGUGGAGAGAGAAUCCGCGAAGCAGCAGCGUAGCAGCUUUUAUGGCCGCCGGUCGCCGAUCGCUCAACUCCUUCGCUCCUCCUUCUCCUCCUUCGUCUUCGCCGAUCGCUGUGGCUGAUCUCGUCGCUCCGGCUUUUCAUAAAAAUCAUGGCUGAGGCAAUCGAUUUGACGGGUGAUGGAGGGGUCAUGAAGACAAUUGUGCGACGAGCAAAACCGGAUGCAGUCUCUCCUUCAGAGACCCUUCCUCUUGUUGAUGUUCGUUAUGAAGGAGUACUUGCUGAAACUGGUGAAGUCUUUGACUCAACACAUGAAGACAAUACUCUAUUCUCCUUUGAGAUCGGAAAGGGCUCGGUGAUCAGUGCUUGGGACACUGCAUUGAGAACUAUGAAGGUUGGGGAGGUUGCAAAAAUCACAUGUAAGCCAGAAUAUGCCUAUGGCAGCACGGGUUCUCCACCCGAUAUCCCACCAGAUGCAACCCUUAUUUUUGAGGUGGAGUUAGUUGCAUGCAAACCGUGCAAGGGCUUUUCAGUGACCAGUGUCACAGAAGACAAGGCUAGGCUUGAGGAGCUGAAGACAAGGGAGAUAGCUGCCGCAACCAAAGAGGAAGAGAAGAAGAGGAGGGAAGAAGCUAAAGCUGCAGCUGCUGCUCGUGUUCAAGCCAAGCUGGAUGCUAAGAAAGGUCACGGGAAGGGAAAGGGAAAAGCAAAAUGAACAGCUUUAUAAGGAAUACUCAAGUAGAUCAUAACUCAGUUUUCCUUCAUAUGCCUUUUAAACUUGGCUAGGAUCUUAACCUUGAGUAUUAUGGAAUAUAAGUUAAGACCAGACUUCCCAUACUUGAUGGUGUGCUUGGAUAUACUGUAUAAGCAUUCUAUAUUAUGCUUGUUGGCUUCGUUUUGAGGGAGCAAAACUGACUAGAAAGGAGAAAGUAUGUAGUACAUCGACUCUGAUGAAUGGCAUUUUGAUUACGGUAGCUUUCUCA